CAAAAGAACGAUUCAUUCAUGCUUCGACGGCGCUCCCCUUCCGUUUCAAGAUGGCAGCCACCACGAAGAAGUCUGUUGCUGUUGAAGAUGUCAACGUCACCUUUGAAGACCAGCAGAAGAUUAACAAGUUUGCAAGGAGCACAAAUCGGAUGACGGAGCUGAAAGAUGAAAUAGAAGCCAAAAAAAAAUCCCUCCAGAACUUAGAAGAUGCUAGCGAUGACCUUAUGAUGUGUGAGGAUGAUGAUCUUCAAAUCCCAUAUCAGAUUGGAGACGUUUUCAUCAGUCACUCACAAGAGGAAACGCAAGAGAUGCUAGAGGCUGCAAAGGAAGCUCUGAAGGAGGAAAUCAAAGGUCUGGAGGGUCGGGUGGCAUCAAUACAGGAAGUGCUUGGAGAUCUUAAGGUCCAGUUGUAUGCCAAGUUUGGGAACAACAUUAAUCUGGAAGCUGAUGAGAGCUGAGCCCUUCAGUGAACAGACUGUAUUUUAUAAACUGACAACAACAAUGUGAUUACCCAGUUCUCUAUGUGGAGCUUGCAAGCAGACCUUUUCCCCGUUUUGCAGCACUGAUGAUUGUUUCUGGUUUUUUUUUUUGUUUGUUUUUUUAAAUGUGCCAUUAUGUUUCUGUAGUAUUGGAAACUAUUGGAAGUGGAUUUGUCAGUUGAAAGGAAGAGUCUGUGGCAAAGGCAUAGGGAAGCAAAGCGGAUACGAGGCCUUCACUGAUAUUUAAAUAAAAGGCAUAAACAGGU